UAAGGGCUUAUGACGACCUGCGCUCGUCAAGAGCAGUUGCCACUAUUUUGCUUAUGACGAGUUGUGGUCGUCAUGAGUUUUCCGCAAUGCUCCUACAGGCUUUUGACGAGCCCGGGUCGUCAAACGGGGAUUUACGGAACCUGUGCUGCCAUCUAUGUUUAAGCACCGCAAGUUCCGUCAUUGGCGGUGGUUAUAGUUUGCACACUAGAUGGCGGAAUGUGUGCGCUUGUUUCCCGCGCGUUUUACAAACAUGGCCUCAUCCGUGCGGCGUUCUGAUGCGGAGAAUCUUCCUUCUUCAGACGAUGAAAGCGAGAGUGAUAAGGAUGCCACCGUAGUGUUUUAUUCUUCAAGUGAAGAAGACAGUGAUGACGUUUUUACGGACAGUGACUCUGAAGGAGAAGACAGUAGCGAUGAUACAAUGGCUAGCUCCCGUGAAUGGUUUCGCAUAGACCUCGACAACAUCCCAGCCAGACCUCCACGGUUUGAUUUCAGGGGUUUCACGGGACUGAAGAUCACAGUAAGCUCUCCCCCUCAUCCACUUGAGCUCUUUGAAGCUUACUUUGAUGAUGAGCUGCUUGAUGUUAUCGUCGUGGAGACAAACCGGUACGCUUCUCAGCUUCUGAAUUCUAGCAAGCUGGGACAACAUUCUCGCUUCCGAAAAUGGUAUGCACUUACGCGAGAAGAACUUCGCGUUUCUCUGAGCCUCCUGUUGCUGCAAGGCAUUGUGCAAAAACCAAAUGAAAGGAUGUACUGGUCUAGGAAUCGGCUGGUUGAGACUCCGGUCUUUGGCGAGAUAAUGUCCAGAAACCGCUUCGAACUAAUAAUGAGAAUGUUGCACUUUGUCGACAACACGACAAUCGAAAAUUGUGAAGGACACCCUCAACCUCAUCUGAGGAAAAUCUGGCCGGUUUAUCAGGCACUUCUUGAAAAAUACCGGACAUUGUAUGUGCCGGAGCGGGACGUCAGUGUCGACGAGAGCUUGCUGCUCUUCAAAGGCCGGCUCAGCUGGAAGCAGUAUAUGCCCCUGAAGAGAGCGAGGUUUGGCAUAAAGUCAUUUUUGCUAUGCGAAUCUUCAAGUGGGUAUAUAUGGAACUCUGUAAUUUAUACAGGGAAAGAAACGAACAUUGAGAUCUCGUCAGAAGAAGCAGCAACCUUCGGAAUGGCGACGAAAGUUGUUUUGAAGCUUCUGGAGCCCCUGCUAGACAAAGGCUACUGCAUCACAACUGACAACUUCUACACCUCACCAGAACUGGUUGACUUUCUUUUGAAGAGAUCAACUGACAUCUAUGGCACGACGCGAGCCACUCGCAAAGACCUUCCGCCUGGUUUCGCCAAGGCAAAGCUCAAGAAAGGCGAGAUGGUUGCCUUUCAAAGGGGCAAGUGCUUGGCUGUUCAGUGGAUGGACAAAAAACUGGUGACGGUUCUAUCUACAGUACAUAGUGCUGAAAUGGCGCGAUUCAUUGACGAAAUGGGCAAUGAAACCCUGAAGCCAGAAGUUACACUUGAUUAUAACCAUACAAUGGGAGGAGUUGACAGAGCAGAUCAGAUGCUGGCGAGCUACUCAGUGCCACGGAAACGAAAAAAGAUCUCCUACAAGAAGAUCUUCCAACACCUCUUGGAUGAGGCGACCUACAAUUCAUUCGUUCUGUACCAGAAAGGAGGAGGCCGAGCAUCUCAUCUGGAGUAUAGGCUAAGGCUUAUUGAUGAGAUCAUCACGAAGUACUCUCCCAACACCGGCACCAAGAAGAAAGGACGGCCAGGGCGCCCCCUGAACGCAAAACGGUUUGGUGAGCGCCACUUUCCAUCGCACAUACCACCAACAGAGAAGAAGCAAGAACCGACACGCCGCUGCGUAGUCUGCUACAUGAAGCGAGAUGUAAAUGGCAAGAACAUCUGCAAGGAAACCAGGACCUGGUGCAGGUGGUGCGAGAAGGCUCUCUGCGCAGUGCCGUGCUUUGAACGCUACCACACGGAUGGUAACCUCAACUAGCUUCAAGUGAACUAUCAAGAAAUUGUUUGUUUUCUGCAAGGAAAUUCAAACCCGACCCGUGCUUUCUGGAGUUGCAGAAAUUAAUUUGUGAAUACACCAGAAAUGCCCCAAAUAUAGGGUAUUAUAUGGGGUAAAGAAUGACCAAUUAAACAUGAUUAUCGACUAUAAACAAUUUUCGCAAAUAUUUUUGUGUUUUGAACACGUUUCUGAAGCAUAUCACAUCAUUAAAAAAUUUGGCCAUAUUGGUGCAUAAUAUAUUUGUUUAAUGAGCCCUUAAGGGGUUAAUGUGCGAAAAAUGGUGAGAGCAAAAAGAAAAGAAAAUUUCAAUGUGUUCAUCAUAAGCAGUAAGCAAUGCAUGUUAAAAUCAUUCGUGGAAGAAUUAAAUAAGUAUAUUAGGUUCAUUUCCUCUCGUAAUGUUGCACUGCCAUGACGAGAAAUGGAGCCUGAUAAAAAUAGACAAAUGGAACGAGGAAUGAUGGAUGUAAAAAAUGGGAGCAGUGAUGAUUAUGGAGCAAACUGCUGUAGGUAAUGGAAAAGUGAUAAUAAUCAGGAUAUAUUGGUGUAGGAUUGAUUACUCUUGUUUUCUUUGCAUUAAGAGUUGGUACCAAGAUGCAGCAAGAGCAUUUGAGUGGCUGAGAACUGGAUGACGGCAUCAAAUUGGGAAACUCCUAGACCUGUGUUGAACAGCUGGCAAAAAAAAAAAAAGAUGUAGGGGUUUAACAGAAACAGAUCGCUGGCAGCGAGAUGUAUUGAUCCAGUAUAGAACAUACAAUAUGCCAAUGAAGACAAAUGAUAAGACUUUCCAAGAACAAUAUGUGAAUGGAACUGUCUUACUGAUACAUGUGAUGAAUAAUCACCCUACCAGACAACCCUCUUCGCCCUUUAUUGUUUAGUUUUGCAAUUAUUUAUAUUUGCAUUAUCACCCUGCUUGGACCUUGAGUCUGUAGUAUUGAAUAAAUAAAAAAUAUGGUUACAUACUC